GCGGUAUCUUUAUAUGGAAACUCAAUAGGGGGCGCUUUGCAAUUGUGUGUAAAUAACGAAAAGUCGUAUACAAGGUAGGUUAAAUCAUUCUGUUUCGCAAUAUAUAUAAACAUAAAUUGAAAACUGCAAAGUUUAGUAGUAACACAGUUCAAUUAAGGAAAAAUUGACUGUAGACUGCAGUGGAACAUGUUAAUGCACAUCUUGCGGUGAAUGACGUCAGUCACACUUUAACUCGUCGGCCAUUUUGUUUGAAAAUGUUUUAAAACUGCACUCGACAAACACAAGUUUAAAGUUAGAUUAUAUGAAAUACGAUUCUAUUUUAGUGUAGUACGUACUUAUUAAGAAAAGACUGUCGGAAUGAGUCUAAUUGAAGAUAGAGCGGCAGCCAAGGAACUCGAUCAAUGGAUUGAACAGUUGAACGACUGCAAGCAGCUUUCAGAAAAUCAAGUUAAAACAUUGUGUGAAAAGGCAAAAGAAAUACUUUCCAAAGAGUCAAAUGUCCAGGAGGUGAAAUGUCCAGUCACAGUUUGUGGAGAUGUUCAUGGACAGUUUCAUGAUUUGAUGGAAUUGUUCAAAAUUGGAGGAAAGUCCCCUGACACAAAUUAUUUGUUUAUGGGAGAUUAUGUGGAUAGAGGAUAUUAUUCAGUAGAAACUGUUUCACUUUUAGUUUCUUUGAAAGUUAGGUUUAAAGAUAGAAUAACAAUCCUGCGAGGAAACCAUGAAAGUCGUCAAAUUACACAAGUUUAUGGUUUUUACGACGAGUGCUUGAGGAAAUAUGGCAAUGCAAAUGUAUGGAAAUACUUCACCGAUCUGUUUGACUACUUACCCUUAACAGCUCUGGUUGAUAGUCAGAUAUUUUGUUUACAUGGUGGACUAUCUCCAUCUAUAGACACACUAGAUCAUAUUAGAGCAUUGGACAGAAUACAAGAAGUACCCCAUGAGGGUCCAAUGUGUGAUUUGCUGUGGUCUGACCCCGAUGAUCGGGGUGGCUGGGGAAUCUCUCCUAGAGGUGCGGGAUACACGUUUGGUCAGGAUAUAUCAGAAACAUUCAAUCAUAGCAAUGCUCUCACUCUAGUAUCAAGGGCCCAUCAACUGGUCAUGGAAGGUUACAAUUGGUGCCAUGACAGAAAUGUAGUGACCAUAUUCAGUGCUCCAAAUUACUGCUACAGAUGUGGAAAUCAAGCUGCUAUCAUGGAAUUAGAUGAUUCUCUUAAAUAUUCGUUCUUGCAGUUUGAUCCAGCACCAAGAAGAGGCGAGCCCCAUGUAACAAGACGUACCCCGGACUACUUCUUAUAAUGAUUUUAUCAGACUGUGUAGUAGUAGUAUUAUGAUGAGUUAAAUUGCACAAUGGUGCAUUUCUGUGACCCAAAGAAGAGAGAAAAUGAUGAUCUACCUGAUGUUGUACAGUUGUCAUUGUCAACAUUUUUAUUGUUCUAAGUUAAGAGUUGUACAAAAGAAAUUUAACACAGUGUAUUCAUGUAUGUAAUGCUAGGAUUCAUCUUGUGAUAUAGCUAACUAUGUACCUUCCAAUUUUUUAAUUUGGUAUUUGUUGCAGUUUUGCUAAAUAGAAAUUUGUGCAAUGCUAGGUUUUGAUUUUGCUUUUAUUUUGUGCAAAAGAAUUUGUUGUAGUUGCCAUUCUAAAUGAUUCCAUACACUGAAUGAAAUUGAUCAAACUUCCGUAGUGUUGAGCUCUGUUUAACAUUAUCACUGACACAUGCAUCCAUAGAAAAAGCAAUAUAUGUAACAAAUAGUAUCUGUGAUACAAUGAGAUUUAAUUUAAGCUUGGACUAGGGCAGUGCGGUUUCUCUAACUGUAGUGGUAGGGUUAUUUUCUUUCUUUUUUUUUCUUUUUUUUUUUUACAAAUUGGAAGUUUUUUCAUGUUGCUGUUAGCUUUUAGAACACAAGUAAACCUGGUGAUGAUGACAUUGAAAGAUGAUGAAAUAUAUUAUCUAAUUCAAUGUCAUGUCACUGAUAAAUGAUGUAUUUUAAAUGUCUGGUGUACUUUUUUUCAGAUUUCUAUAAAAUUAUUAAAUCUUAUUCUGCAUGUAGAUCAUUGAUAGAAUUAUUGUCUCAGUGGUUAGGUUUGUGUUAAAUUAGUUUUCUUGUUUCAUACUGGGAAUUGACAUUGCAUGAUCUACCAUUUGUGUGUUGUUUACUGUAUUAUGAGGGAGGUGUGGGAUUGAUAUAAUGGACCGAAUGAGAUCUUCUUCAUGAUCAUAGCUUGUCUUGACGGCAUGGAAACAAGCACAUUCAAAAUUAUCAAUUUAAAUGCACAAGACUUUCACAAAAUGUUAAUUUGUAAGAAAACAACGCUGUCAGACAAUAAAAUAUAAAAUAUAGCU